AUGUCCUACGAAGCUGUAAAUAUUGAAGGACCAGCGACAGCAGAUGUAGCCCCCGUAUUGCUUUCCAAACAUGCCAAGUAUUUUAUACGAUUCCUGCAUUUGUUGCCUGCACGUUUGGCUUCGCAUGACUCAACAAGGGGUACCAUAGCAUUUUUUGCUAUCUGUGGUCUGGAUGUAUUGAAUUCCCUGCAUCUGUUAACACCAGAAAUGCGUAAAAAUAUUAUUGAUUGGACCUAUGGUAGUUUGGUGAUACCCCAUCCCGGUGAACGUAAUUGUUCAGGAUUUCUGGGUUCACGUACCAUUAAAAUUAAAACGGAAGACGAAGAACUAUUGCGCAAUGCUAGAUGCUAUCAAUGGGGUCAUUUGGCCAUGACCUAUACCAGUUUAGGAAUAUUAGUUACAUUGGGUGAUGAUCUGUCCCGAUUGGAUCGAAAAUCAAUAGUUGAUGGUGUGGCUGCUGUACAAAAAUCAGAUGGCAGUUUUAGUGCCAGCAUUGAUGGCAGCGAAAAUGAUAUGCGUUUUGUUUUCUGUGCAGCAGCAAUAUGUCACAUGUUGGACUAUUGGGGUGAUGUGGACAAGGAGAAAAUGUUCGAAUUCAUUAUGAAUAGCAUUCGUUAUGAUUAUGGCUUUAGCCAACAUUUGGACGGCGAAGGUCAUGGCGGCACUACUUACUGUGCAUUGGCCGCAUUACAACUAAGUGGACAAUUACAUAGACUCGAUGCAGACACAAUUGAAAAUAUUAAACGUUGGUGCAUAUUCCGUCAAAUGGAUGGAUUCCAAGGAAGACCCAAUAAGCCUGUGGAUACAUGCUACUCAUUCUGGAUUGGUGCUUCUCUCAAAAUAUUAAAUGCAUUUGAAUUAAGCGACUGUGCGGAAAAUCGUUCCUAUAUACUAGAAACUCAGGAUAAUGUAGUUGGUGGUUUUGCAAAAUGGGCACACUCUACUGCUGAUCCAUUCCAUACAUAUUUAGGCCUUUGUGGAUUAUCGUUUACCGGUGAACCUGGUCUAAUUGAAGUAAUGCCUAGUCUUAAUAUGUCCAUGGCGGCAUAUCAAAAAAUCAAGGAGCUACAUGCCAAAUGGCAAAACAGCAAUAUUGAAGAUGAUCACAAAGCCUACAUGGAAACACUAAGUCAGCGUUUAUAUGAGACAAAAUUAACUGUUGAAGAUGAGUCAACAGCAACAAUUACCUCGCCAUUAAUCAAAGCACAAUGA